UAAGAUUGAUUAGCCAUGACCCUGGGGCCUGGCGACACACUCAUGGAUCAGCGCCAUCUACAGUUAGCGCAACACACUACACUGAUAAGCGGGUGUAAGAGGUCCUUCAUUUUAUGUUCCUUGGUAGCAUGGCUGAUGUUUGUCAUCACCAGACACAGGCAAGCAAUCAGUCAGGUGAGAAAGUUUAAUCUAAGAAGGAAGAUGACCUCAAAUGACAUCACAGAAGUAGACAGUAGUGUACAGAGCGACGCUGGUGACGACCUCGGCUUUGUUGUGGACAAACGGCCGUUCACUUCGGUAACUGAAGGCAAAGCGGAGGUUCUCUUUCCAUCGUCACACGACGUUUUCUACAAUCCCGUUCAGGAGUUCAACAGAGACUUAAGUGUUGCUGUUUUAAGAGUUUUUGCAGCACAAUUUAAACAACAAGAAAAGGAGAAGAAAAAGAAACAAGAAUUGCAGCAGAAGAACCAGAAGGAAACCUCAGAGGAAGGAAACACAAACAAUAAUGGUAAAGAGUUAUCACUUGAAGAUGAGAACAGUUUGCUUCUUCCUUCAGGAGUUAAGGAUGAAAAUGGUAUCUGUAUUUUGGAAGGUCUGGCUGCUUCAGGGCUCAGAUCCAUCCGUUAUGCACGGGAAGUUGGAGGCAUCAAGAAGAUCGUAGCCAAUGAUAUAUCUAAUCAGGCUCUGGAGUGUAUGAAACGUAACAUCGACCACAACGGAGUGAAAGACGUCGUCAUCCCAAGCCACAGUGAUGCCAGUAUGGUAAUGUACAAGAGUCGUGAACCCAGCACAAGAUUUCAUGCCGUUGACUUGGAUCCCUAUGGUUCCCCACACACCUUCCUGGAUGGGGCAGUGCAGUGUGUUGUCGAUGGUGGUAUUCUGCUGGUGACCUGUACGGACAUGGCUGUGUUGUGCGGUAACUCUCCAGAGACUUGCUACACCAAGUAUGGUGCUUUGUCCAUCAAGAGCAAAGCUUGCCAUGAAAUUGCACUGAGAAUUGUCCUCCAGUGUAUCGAGUCACACGCCAACCGCUACGGACGACACACUGUGCCUCUCCUCUCCUUGAGUGCAGACUUUUAUGUAAGGGUUGUGGUGAAGAUAUUUACCAGCAAGAUCAGAUGUAAAGAAACUUUCUCAAAGGUUUCAUGGUUAUAUCAGUGUGUUGGAUGCGAGACCCAGACGUUACAUCCAUUGGGCCGUGUUGUUGUUAAUGGUAAGAGUGUGAAAUAUCAGUUGUCUUCUGGUCCACCAGUAGCUAGUGCUUGUUCUCAUUGUGGUCACAGACAUAUAGUUGCAGGGCCAAUUUGGUCUGCACCUAUUCAUAAUGUAGACUUUUUAAAAUCCGUCAAAGCAUCCCUGGUCGAAGACAAUUUUUCUACUUACCGACGUAUGUAUGGUGUUUUGACCAUGAUGGAAGAAGAGUUGCCGCAUGUACCUCUUUACUAUGUUUUAGACAAAUUAGCUAAUGUGGCAGGCAUCAACCCCUGCAAAAUGAUCCAGUUCAGAUCGGCUUUACUCAAUGCCGGAUACAGUGUGUCCAUGUCCCACGCAGGUAAGGGGAGCAUCAAGACAGAUGCCCCAUCACAGGUAGUCUGGGACAUUAUUAGAGCAUGGGAAAAACUACAUCCUGCAAAUAGAGCCAAGAUGACUGAUGACAGACCAGGGAAAAGAUUGUUAGAAAAACAAAUACAAACCGAAAUAAAUUUUGAACUCCAUCCACAAGCUAAUCCCGAGUCAAAAAAACAAGAAUUAUUACGCUUCCAGAUGAAACCAGAGAGAAACUGGGGGCCAAAGGUUAGAGCUAAAACUAGUCUGUUUCACGGUGACCAGGAGGAGAAACGAUCCCGCAAUCAAGGGAAAAAAAGAAAAUGUCAGCCCGGUGAUAAGGAAUUACCUGAUAAGAUAUUAAAAGAUGAAGCUGAUACUACAGUCCUGUAACUGUGUCUGUAGAGGGACCAUAAACUGUAGCUUAUAUAUAUUCUGUGUGAAUAAUAAUAAUACGGCUUUAUAAAUAAACGUGUUUUAUAAUUAAAAGACUUCAAUCAGAAUUCAUCUUUUUUAAGGAUUGUGGAUAAAAGUGGCACUGAGUAGAAAAAAUAGUUGACAUCAUUAGAAUUUAUUGUUUAUAAUAUGUUAACUUCUAGAUUUAUAAAGAAAUAAAAAGUUACACAGUG